UAUAAAGAAAUAGAAGAAGAGCAAAGUGCAGGAUAACAAAACCAAAGUUAUCCAUCCCAAUAUCCUAUCCAGCCGAUCCACACUGGGAUGCGCCCCACACGACCAAACCAUUCGCUUCAAAGUUAACCCAUUUCUCACCUAUUUCUUCCUUUCAAUCCCACAAAUUAACUUAAACAAUCCAACAAUGGAUGCUCUAUCUUCAACCCAUCUUCUCAUGAGAAUGUCUCCUCCCUCUUGCCCUGCCAUCGGCUUCUCUGCUCCUCCGUUAUCUUCUCCAAAUCCCAAUUGCUUCAGCAAACACUCUUUCAGAUUCACAGCUAGAGCCUCUCUUGCUGUUGAACAGCAGACUAAGGUUGCUCUCAUUCGAAUUGGCACCAGAGGAAGCCCGCUAGCACUUGCUCAGGCUCAUGAGACGCGAGACAAACUUAUGGCAAAGCAUUCAGAGUUAGCUGAAGAAGGGGCUAUUCAGAUUGUGAUUAUAAAGACAACAGGAGAUAAAAUAUUGACUCAACCACUAGCAGACAUUGGUGGUAAAGGCUUAUUUACUAAAGAAAUUGAUGAGGCGCUGUUAAAUAGCGAAAUUGAUAUUGCUGUCCAUUCCAUGAAAGAUGUUCCUACAUAUUUGCCGGAGAAGACAAUUCUCCCUUGCAAUCUUCCACGAGAGGAUGUUAGAGAUGCAUUUAUUUCAUUGAAUGUAUCGUCACUAGCUGACCUUCCGGCUGGGAGUGUCAUUGGUACUGCUUCGCUGAGACGAAAGUCGCAAAUUCUGCACAGAUAUCCUUCACUUAGUGUUCUAGACAACUUCCGUGGUAACGUUCAGACUCGUUUGAGAAAGCUCAACGAGGGGGUCGUCCAGGCAACACUGUUGGCAUUAGCUGGACUUAAACGGUUAAAUAUGACAGAAAAUGUAUCCUCAAUUCUUUCAAUUGACGACAUGCUACCAGCAGUUGCCCAAGGGGCAAUUGGAAUUGCCUGUCGAACCAAUGACGAUAAAAUGGCUAAUUACCUAGCUUCAUUGAACCAUGAGGAAACAAGACUUGCGGUAGUAUGUGAAAGGGCCUUCCUGGAAACCUUGGACGGGUCAUGCCGCACACCAAUUGCUGGAUAUGCUUCUAGAGAUGAGAAUGGUGAUUGCAUUUUCAAAGGGCUAGUGGCUUCUCCUGAUGGAACCCGAGUACUUGAAACUUCUAGAAAGGGUCCAUAUGCUGAGGAUGAUAUGAUCAAGAUGGCAAAGGAUGCUGGAAGGGAACUACUACUGCAGUCAGGCCCCGGAUUCUUCGAUAGUUGAACAACUUUGUUGUAGCUUAAGAAGCGUAGAAAAUCAAGGUUUGUUUUUUUGGUAGGGCUAGCACUCUAGGAGGCUUCAUGAUCCUUUAUUCUUGAGCUAUUUAUCAUUUCAUAAGGAUGAAUUGUUGUAUGAUUUCAUGUAAUUUGUAAAUUAGAAUAGAGUAUUUGAAGGUUAACACGGCCAGGUUAGGAUCCUCCUGUAUGGUGCAUCCAUAACUAAUGAAAAAAGCCAAAUUUUUUUGUUUGCUUAA